AUGGCUUUCCUUUCUGUAUUGGCUUGUUGUCUUCCAUUCUGAUUUUAAGUCUUCCGGCCAUGGCUUUAAAUACAAGUUGCAAUUUUCCUGCAAUCUUCAACUUUGGGGACUCAAAUACUGAUACAGGAGCUGAUUCUGCUGCCUUCUCUCUUAUCACCCAACCCAAUGGGGAGACCUUUUUUCACAUGCCGGCUGGAAGGCCUUCAGAUGGAAGGCUCACCAUUGAUUUCAUGGCGGAAAGAAUCGGAUUACCUUAUCUCAGCGCGUAUCUCGAUUCAUUGGGCACCAACUUCGUCCACGGUGCUAAUUUUGCGGUAUCAGGGGCGACAAUCAGACCGUCGAAUAAAAGCCGAACCGGGGGUGGGCCCAGCCCCUUCUACUUGGAUGUGCAACUCUCCCAAUUCCAACAAUUCAAAACCAGAUCACAGUUGAUCAGGAACAAAGGAGGGAUCUACUCAAAUUUGCUACCAAAGGAAGAGUCAUUUGAUCAAGCUUUGUACACAUUUGAUAUGGGUCAAAAUGAUAUUGGUUUGGGUUUCUUCACCAACCAGUCUCCAGAGGAAGUUAAGGCUGUCAUUCCUGAUGUAAUUACCAAAUUCUCCAAGAAUGUUCAGGCAGUGUACAAUUUGCGAGGGAGAUCAAUCUGGAUCCAUAACACAGCUCCCAUUGGUUGUCUUGCAUAUAUUCUUACAAACUUUCCAGUGAAUGAAUCUGAAAUAGAUAAAGCUGGUUGUGCUACUCCUUAUAAUGAGGUAUCACAAUACUUCAAUCAGAAGUUGAAGGAAGCUGUUGUUGAACUGCGAAAGCAACUUCCCUUGGCUGCCAUCACUUAUGUGGACAUUUACUCAAUCAAGUAUCUUCUCAUAAGCCAAGCUCAAGAGUUUGGAUUUCAGCAACCGCUCGUAGCUUGUUGUGGCUUCGGAGGCAAGUAUAACUACAGCAAUACCGCACGGUGUGGGCAAACAGUUGUUGUGGAUGGCAAACCUGUAUUCAUAGGGUCAUGCGCAGACCCUUCUGUUCGAGUUAGUUGGGAUGGAAGCCAUUUCACUGAGGCAGCUAAUAAAUUUGUAGUUGAUCAAAUUGCGACCGGCAAAUAUACAGACCCACCAAUCACUCUGCAAAAUGCAUGCAAUAGGAACUCUUCUUCUACAUAGU